AAAAUCCGUUACCUUCAGGAAUACCACAACCGGGUUCUCCACAACAUUUACCCUGUGCCCUCUGGAACUGACAUUGCAAAUACUCUGAAAUACUUUUCUCAGACAUUAUUGAGCAUUUUGUCCCGCACAGGGAAGAAGGAGAAUCAAGAUGCCUCCAAUUUGACAGUGCCCAUGACCAUGUGUCUUUUUCCUGUGCCAUUCCCACUCACCCCAUCUCUAAGACCACAGGUCAGUUCCAUCAACCCUACUGUUACUCGCUCCCUCCUUUACAGCGUCCUGCGAGAUGCUCCAUCUGAACGUGGCCAGCAAAGUCGUGAUGCUCAGUUAUCAGACUACCCAUCUUUGGACUAUCAAGGACUUUACGUGACACUGGUGACACUGCUGGAUCUAGUUCCCUUGCUACAACAUGGUCAACAUGAUCUUGGGCAAUCAAUUUUUUACACUACUACAUGCUUGCUUCCUUUUCUCAAUGAUGAUAUUUUGAGUACUUUACCCUAUACAAUGAUUUCAACACUAGCUACCUUUCCUCCAUUUCUGCACAAGGAUAUUAUAGAGUAUCUCAGCACAUCUUUUCUGCCUAUGGCUAUAUUGGGAUCCUCAAAAAGAGAAGGUGUUCCAGCACAUGUCAAUCUAUCUGCAUCAUCAAUGCUAAUGAUUGCAAUGCAGUACACAUCAAACCCGGUGUAUCACUGCCAAUUAUUGGAAUGCCUCAUGAAAUAUAAGCAAGAAGUAUGGAAAGAUUUGCUAUAUGUGAUAGCCUAUGGACCAUCUCAAGUUAAACCUCCAGCAGUACAAAUGUUGUUUCACUAUUGGCCCAAUUUAAAACCCCCUGGGGCAAUCAGUGAGUACAGAGGACUGCAGUACACAGCCUGGAAUCCGAUUCAUUGCCAGCACAUUGAAUGCCAUAAUGCAAUUAACAAACCAGCUGUGAAGAUGUGCAUUGAUCCAUCCUUGUCUGUGACUCUGGGUGAUAAGCCACCUCCCUUAUAUCUUUGUGAAGAAUGCAGUCAGAGAAUUGCAGGGGAUCACAGUGAAUGGUUGAUUGAUGUUCUUCUACCACAAGCUGAAAUUUCUGCUAUAUGUCAGAAGAAGAACUGUAGCUCACAUGUCAGAAGAGCUGUCGUCACGUGCUUCUCAGCAGGCUGCUGUGGCCGCCAUGGCAACAGGCCGGUGCGCUAUUGCAAAAGAUGCCAUUCAAAUCAUCACAGCAGUGAAGUUGGGGCAGCUGCAGAAACCCAUCUUUAUCAGACCUCGCCACCUCCUAUCAAUACCCGGGAGUGUGGGGCAGAGGAACUUGUGUGUACUGUGGAAGCUGUGAUCAGCUUGCUGAAGGAAGCAGAGUUUCAUGCUGAGCAGAGGGAGUAUGAACUCAACCGCAGGAGACAGAUGGGCCUCUCCUCUUCCCAUCACUCCCUGGACAACACAGACUUUGAUAAUAAAGAUGAUGACAAGCAUGACCAACGCCUCCUGAGCCAGUUUGGAAUCUGGUUCUUGGUGAGCCUUUGCACUCCCAGUGAGAAUACACCCACAGAGAGUUUAGCAAGGCUGGUUAGCAUGGUAUUCCAGUGGUUUCACUCUACAGCUUACAUGAUGGAUGAUGAAGUUGGUAGCCUGGUUGAAAAGCUCAAACCCCAGUUUGUUACUAAGUGGUUGAAGACUGUUUGUGAUGUCCGAUUUGAUGUCAUGGUUAUGUGCCUCCUUCCUAAACCAAUGGAGUUUGCCAGGGUUGGUGGAUACUGGGACAAAUCGUGUAGUGCUGUGACCCAAUUAAAAGAAGGGCUGAAUCGAAUCCUUUGCUUGAUUCCAUACAAUGUGAUAAACCAGCCGCUGUGGGAAUGUAUCAUGCCAGAGUGGUUGGAAGCUAUAAGGACGGAAGUGCCUGAUAAUCAACUGAAAGAGUUCCGGGAAGUGUUGAGCAAAAUGUUUGACACUGAACUUUGCCCUCUCCCUUUCUCCAUGGAGGAGAUGUUUGGCUUCAUUAGCUGUCGAUUCACAGGGUAUCCAUCCUCUGUGCAAGAGCAAGCAUUACUGUGGCUGCAUGUGUUAUCUGAACUAGACAUUGUUGUUCCUCUUCAGUUACUAAUCAGCAUGUUUUCUGAUGGAGUCAAUUCUGUAAAAGAGUUAGCAAAUCAAAGAAAAUCAAGAGUCAGUGAACUGGCAGGAAAUCUUGCAACUCGCAGGGUAAGCGUUGCUUCUGACCCUGGGCGCAGAGUUCAGCACAACAUGCUGAGUCCUUUCCCAAGCCCCUUCCAGAGCCCAUUUCGGAGUCCAAUACGUAGUCCUUUUCACAGCCCUUUCAAGAACUUCGGACACCCCAGUGGAAAGACAAUUGAUUUUGACUGUGAAGAUGACGAAAUGAAUCUUAAUUGCUUCAUUCUGAUGUUUGAUCUCCUCUUGAAGCAGAUGGAACUCCAGGAUGAUGGUGUCACUUUGGGCUUAGAGAACAGCAUUUCAAAAGAUAUAAUAUCCAUCAUAAACAAUGUGUUCCAGGCACCCUGGGGUGGUUCUCACACCUGUCAGAAAGAUGAAAAAGCAGUUGAAUGUGGUCUGUGUCAGUCCAGCAUUCUGUGUUACCAGCUGGGUUUUGAGCUACUGGAACAGCUUGCUCCAAAAGAAGAAAUCAGGCUUGUGGAGCCCACAGAUAACCUCGAGGAUAGUCUUCUGUAUACUAGACCUGAGUUUAUUAUAGGAACUGAAGGAGAAGAGGAAGACAAAUCAGCACCAAAACAUGGAGAAAACCCAGGAAAUCACACAGAGACCACAGAAAAUGCUGCAAUAAAGAAUGACACAGAAAGAAAAUUUUGUUAUCAGCAACUUCCAGUUACCUUGAAGCUCAUAUACACUAUAUUGCAGGAAAUGUCAAGGUUUGAAGAACCAGACAUACUUUUUAACAUGCUGAACUGUCUGAAGAUCCUGUGUCUUCAUGGAGAAUGCCUGUAUAUAGCAAGAAAGGACCACCCACAAUUUCUUGCCUAUAUUCAAGAUCACAUGCUGAUUGCAAGCUUAUGGGGAGUUGUGAAGUCUGAGUUCUCUCAGCUUUCUUCCCUGGCAGUCCCACUUCUUCUUCAUGCACUUUCACUUCCCCACGGAGCUGACAUUUUCUGGACAAUCAUAAACAGCAAUUUCAACAGCAAAGAUUGGAAGAUGAGAUUUGAAGCAGUGGAGAAGGUGGCUGUGUUGUGCAGAUUUUUGGAUAUUCACUCUGUGACAAAAAACCACCUACUGAAGUACUCUUUGGCUCAUGCAUUCUGCUGUUUCCUGACUGCUGUGGAAGAUGUCAACCCAGCAGUAGCUACAAGGGCUGGGCUAUUACUUGACACCAUAAAGAGGCCAGCUUUACAGGGUCUCUGCCUCUGCCUUGAUUUCCAGUUUGACACAGUUGUCAAGGACAGGCCCACAAUUCUUAGUAAGCUUUUGCUACUCCAUUUUCUAAAAGCGGAUAUUCCGGCUUUGAGCUGGGAGUUCUUUGUGAAUCGCUUUGAGACCCUGUCUCUGGAAGCACAGCUUCAUCUGGACUGCAACAAAGAAUUCCCUUUCCCAACAACUAUCACUGCUGUCCGGACAAAUGUCGCCAACCUCAGUGAUGCAGCAAUGUGGAAGAUCAAGAGGGCUCGUUUCGCACGUAAUCGUCAGAAGAGUGUGCGUUCCCUGAGGGACAGUGUGAAGGGACCAGUGGAGUCAAAGAGAGCGCUCUCCCUUCCAGAAACCUUAACCACCAAAAUUCCUGUGAGCUUGACCAGACAUGAACAGUCUGCUCCAGCACUUGGAGGAACACCAGAGCAAACACCAG